AUGGCUGUUAUGUUAUUUAGUUUAGUCAGAAUGUGGAUAUUAAUACACAUAAUUGAUAACGGAGAAAAAGUGCCAGAUGUCAUUCCCAACGCAUGGAAAAUUGACCAAUCAAGUUGCUGGUAUCCGAAAAACUUAAAGUCAAAUAUCAUAAAUUCUUUAGCUCGGAAGCAAAUCAUGCCCGACCAUAGUAGUGAUGAUUGGGAAUAUUGUACUAUGCAAAUUAUAGAGACCAAUUUAAGUGAUUUUCAAAUUGGUCUUAAAAUGAUGCAAAAAAAGACCGUAUCAUUCCCUGUUUUUCCUUCAAACAUAAAAGACAACACUAGUGAUGAAACACUUCUAAACAUUUCUAAUUGUACACCAGCAAGAAAAACCUCAUUAUCAAGUCAAGAUAAUAUAUCAAACGAGGAAACUUUAAGCACAACGGUAUCCACCCAAACAUGUUCUACAAACAACAUAUCUGUAUCAAAUGUUUUUGAAUGUAAAUUAGCCAAAAAAUCACAUUCUUGUACUUUUCAAAAUUGUAUAAGUAAUGAUAAAGAAACCUUGCUAGUUUCUAUAGCCCAUCAACUAUGUAAAAUAUCUGCUGAAAAUAAGAAAAUAACGUCAAACAUGUUUUAUAUUAAACAAGAAUUAAAUUCAUUUAUCAAGAGUAAAAAAUCAAGCCAUUGUGAUGAGUAUGAGUCAACCAGUUCCAAAGAAAAUGCACUAGUACCAUUCCCUUUGAAAAAUGAAGAUGAGCUCAUGUUAAUUGAAUCAAAAUUAAAAUCUGAAGAUUUAUCAUUCACAAAUAAAUUGGUAGGUCACUAA